CCAAACCAAGAGAUGAAUUAAAAGCUAGUGCUAUGGAGGAGAUAGGAGAAAAAGAGAGUGAGGAUGGUGAAGAGGAAGAUGAUUGGCAGGAGAGGGAGGAGCCUGAGAAUGCCACUGGGGAUCUUCGAAGCAAUGAAAUUGAGAUCCAUACGUUAACCAUAUUCACGACUUCCCCUUCCAUCGUUCUUUGAUUCAGAAUGGAAAAUGGUUUUCUUUCUAAUUUGAGAUAGGGGGAUAACAUGCAGAUACAAUGGUAAUUUAGGAUGAAGUAGGAAUCUUGACAGGUAUAUGAGCCGCUUUGGUUAAGUGUUGUUUUUAAGACAUGAAAAACAAGAGCAGAAGCAAUACUUUAAAACCAUAAAAUUGCUCACCAUUU